AUGGUGAAUUGGAUGGGGAACCAAUGGCCGAUGCUGACCGUGGGACCCACAAUACCUUCAUUAUACUUGGACAAGAGACUCGAGGACGACACAGACUACGGGCUUAGCCUCUUCAAGCCCGAAGUAGAAGCUUGCCUCCGGUGGCUGGACUCGAAGCCGCCCUGUUCCACCGUCUACGUAUCGUUCGGAAGCUUGGCGUCUCUCGAAGAGGAUCGGAUGGAAGAGCUCGCGAGUGGGCUCAGGUCGAUGAAGAGCCACUUCCUGUGGGUGGUGAGAGAGUCUGAAGAGAAGAAGCUCCCACGUAACUUCUCGCAAGAGCUAGGGUUAGAUGAUGACAAGAAGGGUUUGGUGGUGAGGUGGUCCAAUCAGCUCAUGCUGAGCCAUGUCUCGGUCGGUUGCUUCAUGACCCAUUGCAGUUGGAACUCUACCCUCGAGGCGCUGAGCUUGGGAGUCCCCAUGGUGGUGAUGCCUCAGUGGACGGACCAGCCGACCAAUGCCACAUUCAUCGAGAAGGUGUGGAAGGCCGGCCUCCGGGUUAGGGCAAAUGAGCGAGGGUUCGACCGGGAAGAGAUCAAGAGUUGCGUAAACGAGGUCAUGGACGGAGAGAGAGGGAAAGAGAUAAGAGAAAACUCCUUGGGUUGGAAAGAAAUGGCCAAACGGGCCAUUGAGGAAGGAGGUAGUUCCGAAAAGAACAUUCAAGAAUUUGUCUCCAACGUUCUUGAUUUAUGCACAUGA